AGGGGGAAAAAAAAAAAACCGUGUCGCCAUUAACGAAGGUUGAGCUGCUUUUACCACAAUGCUAUCUCCUCGUAAGCUAUUCCACGCGCGGCCAUCACUAGCCACGCGCCGAUCGACGGCUCUUAUCGUUUUAACUUCCCUAGCUAUCGGAAUCGCCGGAUUCACAUUUGGACUCGCCGUGAUUAUCUUCCCGGCUCUCCGAUUAACCGGCCGUAAUUGCUUGACGAACUCUCCUCCGAAGACGGUUCGAGUCGUUUGGGACGUCGCCGGAAAUAGUAAUGCCGUUGGUGGCGAAGGGAAGAGGCACAAGGUUAUGGGAUUCGUAGGUAUUCAAACCGGGUUCGGAUCCGCCGGUCGGAGACGAGCGCUUAGGAAGACAUGGAUGCCGUCAGAUCCGGAAGGGCUUCGACGCUUGGAGGAAUCUACAGGAUUGGCCAUCAGGUUUGUAAUUGGGAAAACCAAAAAUGAACAAAAAAUGGCUGAGCUCAGAAGAGAAAUAGCAGAGUAUGAUGACUUUGUACUGCUAGAUAUCGAAGAGGAGUACAGUAAGCUCCCUUACAAAACUUUGGCUUUCUUCAAAGCUGCUUACGCGCUUUAUGAUUCUGAGUUCUAUGUCAAAGCUGACGAUGAUAUAUACUUGAGGCCAGAUCGACUCUCUCUGCUAUUGGCAAAAGAGCGGAGUCACUCUCAAACAUACCUAGGAUGCUUGAAAAAGGGUCCAGUUUUCACAGAUCCUAAACUCAAAUGGUAUGAACCAUUGUCUCAUCUGCUGGGAAAAGAGUACUUUCUUCAUGCUUAUGGCCCGAUUUACGCUCUCUCUGCUGAUGUAGUAGCAAGUUUGGUUGCCCUCAAGAAUAACAGUUUCAGGAUGUUUAACAACGAGGACGUAACAAUAGGUGCGUGGAUGCUGGCAAUGAACGUCAACCACGAGAAUCAUCACAUCCUUUGCGAACCAGAAUGUUCGCCUUCCUCUGUUGCUGUUUGGGACAUCCCCAAAUGCUCAGGUCUUUGUAAUCCGGAGAAAAGGAUGUUGGAACUUCACAAGCAAGAAAGCUGCUCGAAAAGCCCGACAUUGCCAUCAGAUGAUGAGUGAUCUUUUUCCUCUUCCUACCUUGAAAUGUUCGUAUAAACCUCUUCUUGUGGUGGACGAGUCUAUAACAGAGAGAGGGAGAGAGAUCCGCUUCUUCGACCAACCCUGCAACAAGAUUGAUUCAUAGAGAUUGCCUCACAGAGAUUGCUUUUUUUUUUUUUGUCUAUGAUUUUAGAAGAGAGAGUUUUGUUCCUUCUGUUUCAUAAUCUUAGUGAGAGCCACCAUAAUCUAAGUCUAUACCAUGUAUUGUGGUUUACAACAAUCAUUCAAAUUAUAGUGAACCAAUGUGUAGUCGAUUUUU